AACCUUGCAGACAAAAAAUCCCGCAAACGGCAGGAAAUUAUAUUUCUCCGAGAUGACCUAACACACAAGAGGAACCGGGAAGAAGAUAUUAUGGCAAACAUAGAAAAACAUGGAAAAAGUUUGACCGCCGAGGGCAAUGUCUUCAAAGGAAGUCCAACUACAUAUAAUUAUGACGAUUCCUCAGUUUAUCAAGGACCUGUGCUGAAGGGGCAAUCUGUUAAGAAAUACAAUGGACCACCUGAAAUCCAAGAGAAUCAGAAGAAAAGCGAUGCUUACGAGGUUGUGUCCGAAAAUGGUGAUAGUAAAAACACUAACUCAGUCAGCGACGAAGGAGAUCAGGAAGAAAAAGUGGUGAAAGUGGGACAUCCCAAUGUCAGAGCACAUGGUAAUGACAGACAUUUAUCCAAUUUCAGAGGACAUCACAGAUCCGGACUUCACAUUGUUUCUCUAGAUGAUAACGAUGAAACUAAUGAUAAAGGUUAUGACGAAAAGAUAUUGCGAGAUAAAGAUUUGAGACUUUACGGUUCUAUUGGAUCGCCUUCUGUAGAGCAUGAAUCGCGCAGAAUGCAUCAUUCGAUUUAUCAUGAUGAUUUUCUUCCUCCAAGUGUUGUGUCGUUCUCCCAAGAUGAUUUCUCUGGCCCCCUGUUUAGAGGUGCUGGUCACUCCAUCGACGAAUUUUUCCCAAAUUUUAAAAGACGAGAUUCUUUAUUGUUUUCUCGACCUUCUCAAUUACGGAAAUCGGAGGAGAUAAUGCAGCAACAGUUUCUACCCGUGAACCCGAAAUCGGUAUCAUUUGGUGAACAACCGAAUAUGGUUUUGCUGCCAAUGUAUAGUGGUUAUACAGGUACAAGUCCCACGGUUAUUCCCUUCACCACUCAGGAAACAUUUCCCUCUUCUAUGUCUCAGCUAGGAUCUGCUCCCAUCGAAUAUUCGCCUUCAACGCCAACGGCAAAUUUUCGUAACGUUUUGGAGCCGGCCUUUCAGGUUCCUCAAGUCCAAACGCCGUCUGUCAACCCGUCGUAUAUUCUUCCAUCGGAGCCGGAAGAACAGAUUUUGUUUAACAAUCAGCAGCCCGAUGUACGAUCGCUUUACUCUCUUCAGGCUCAGCCACAAAUGCAAAUUCCCCAGACCAACUUUCCACAUUUGGACCAACCUCAACAACCAAUGAUUCCAAGUGAAAUGCAAGUGCCUUCUGCUAUUGUUUCCCCAGUUGGUCAACGAGAGAUCGGCCCAGCCCAUCGGUGGGUAGACGAAGACGGACGCCAACGCAGUGAGGUCUUGGAUCGUGACACGGAAGGACAGGACGAGAACAGGUCCCAUGAUGACAGAACCGAGGGUGAUGAGGAUGAGGAAGAUGGUGACAGACACCAAUAUAGCAGAUACUACGACAAAGGUUACGACCCCAGUCCAGACGAAGGUGAUGAUGACGGGGCUCAAGAGAAUCUUUCAGAGGAAGAUUCCGAAGACGCAGAUGAAGGUGACGAGGAGACGUCUAACUACACCACUGACAAAAUUUAUGGGUCAAAAGAUACAGGGGACGAACGUGGUCCAGAUCCUGAACCUACUGAAGAAAACAACGACGACGACGACGACGAAGACGAAGACCCAGAACCUCCCCGAGGCUUAUCGCCACAAGCAAGAAUGCGACCAUCCAAUUAUAAUCCAAUGGCUCGUUUUAUGGCGUCAAGUCGCCCUUUUCCCAAAUUUCCUCUCCCUCUUAAUACGGAAACGUCAAAUCCUAUGGCUGCUCAAGCAUUUUCAAGGUAUCAGUUGAUGUCUCCUUCCUCUGCCCUCAAGGAGAAUAUCUUACCUAAACCUGUGGAGAACCAAAAACCCUCUCCAAACGUUCUCAAAGCUAAGUCAGACCUAAAAAUCUCUCAGAUGAGCCCUGCUGAAGCUCAGUUUUAUGAAAACAAGGUAGCAAUGGAACCAAACUUUACACCAGCUAUAGCUUCAAAAGACACCAUUCCUGGAAAAUCUCGUCACUUUCGAGUUGGGCUUGGUAAAGUGCUUAUCCGACUGAACGGUAAACCUUUGGAGGACUCCUCUCAAUUGCGAAGUAAAAUAGAAAACGGAGAGAUCAUACAAGGAAAAGGAAAACUCAUCAAAUCAAAAGGUCCAGUGCAAGUUAAACUUUCUCACACAAAGGAUUCAAAGCACUUGAAGAUAAUAGACAUCAUAGCUCCAAAACAGUUUCAGGUGUAUGAUACCAAAAGUAAGAUCAGAAGACCUGUUAAUUCCAGAUAAUCUAACGGUGAUCCAAUUUCUUUGCCAAGGAAAAUCCGAUAAACGUCUCGAGAUGUAAUGAAAAAUCUUAUUUAUCACCAAAUAAUAUACAAUGUAUGUAGUAUGAAAUAUGUACACAUCGCAGCCCAGUAACAAAACCCAAAGCUGAAUCUACUAUUCAUUAUCCGUAAAGCAAUGCGAGCCAGCGCAACCUUUGUGCAACCGAUUUGAAACAGAGUAUCAACAAUUGAACGUGAAUGUGAAAAAAUGUCGUUUUUGACCAAGUCGUAUUAUUGCUUCACUUGUCAAUGUUCAUCCCUCUUCUGCAGUAUGCUCUGUUUGGUUCAAGGUGCAAUCUCUCACAAUUAAAGUUUUUCCCCCUUUUCUUAAUUAACAGUGAAACGUUAAUUUUAAACGUUAAGUGUGGUGCAGGAGUAUACCGUGCUCGAUAUUUUAAUUUCACAUCAUGUUAUGUUGUUAUGCUUUAAGCAAUUCGUGUUACGUUUGAAAGGGGUAGACAACCAGCGUAAAAGCAGUUGUAUGUAUGGUUAACUCUACGAAUUUUUGUCAUGAGAAACCAAACUUUAUUAGUUACACAAUAGCAUACCUUUGCAAACAAUUAACAAGCGUGUUAAUCCAUCGAUUAUUUUUCAAAAGUUUUCGCUUAGGCGCGUGAUUGGUUUCAAAGUAUCACAUGACUAACAAUACCCCAGCUAAUACUGGGGUUUAUGAUCCAACUGCUUAAAGUAGAGUUGGAUAACAAAGAGUACCAAUAACGCGUGAAUAGGGUACAAACAUCUUGCGAUAUUGUACUUGUACUGUACAUUAGUAUUUUAAUAAAACCUGUUUAACCGGUCGGUUGCGCGCUCACGCUUCUCUUCCUUCUUUGCUUCUCCUGCCUUAUGAGAAAUGAGCAGAUGUGAAGCAGUUGGAUAAAGAACUUUUUAGACCUUUGGUGUGUAGAAUUGCUUGGUAUUUUCACUCUUUGUUUGUAUUUUGUUUGUAUAAUAUUUGUAUUAUUAUCAUACAUCAUAAUAUGAUGUAUGAGCAUAUCAUACUUUAUAUCACCGAUUCCUCGAGCGUAUUGGAGGGCAUUUUAUAUUUUUUGGGCCCCUAUUUCAAAAGGAUACUCUGUUCUUGCUUGUGACCAGUAAUAUGAUAAUUUUUGAAGCAGGAGGUAACAUUCUUCGUCAAUGCAAACCUAAGGUACAUCAGAUUGCUUAACUACUCUGUGUUUUAGAAAAUUAAUUAUCACGUUUCAUUCACCUGCAACAAUGGUUUUACCAAUCUGUGAGCUGAUUCGUUGUUAUAUUGUUGCUGAUAUUACGAAGGCUACCAUGGACGUUUACUUUUUCAGUAAAAGAAAUAUUUCAAUCAGAGGCUACGUUGCUGACGGAAAUACGUCACGUUUCGAGAGCACAUGUAGCGUUAUCGUUGUCUAGCUUCCUCCCUUAGAACAUGCGAGAAAUAACGCUUUCUCCUGAUGAAUUCGGUCUUUAAACAUGGUACCCGGCUGCUUCUAAUGACUAUGAUGAGAUAAUUGACUUAGACAUCUUUCUUCACGGAAGCAACAUCGCACCAGACGUCUUCUCAAUCACCGGCUGCGCUUUCUGAAACCGGAGUUCUUACUUAUUAAGACAUGGUACGGUCUACGGCGAUUAUUUGGUCAUUUCCUUCAAAAUUUAUCACUUUUUUAUUUAUAUAAACUUAAUGAGUCUUAAAUAACCACCGCACCUGAGUUGGUUUUUUAAAUUUUCCCCUUUUGUCUCCGCAUAAGGUAAACUGACACCUGGAUUAGGUCACAUUUAGAGCGCAGUAUUAGCAUUAUGAAUAAUUAACAUCUAGCUGGUUUUUAACCAAUUGCAGCUUCCUUCGCUGACAAGCAAAACUUUCCUUCGUCCUCAUAAUAGAUGGCGUACUUCUUAUGAAGGUUUCCCCUCCCAGAUGGGCGGGUAAACAGUCGCGAAAUAAGGCAAAAAAUAGACAUUUGACAGACUUAAAAUCAAAGAAGAGCUACUGCCUGUGGCUGCUGUAUUAACAAAGUUAACUAUGGCCAGAUUUUUGGGUUUACUACUUGUAUCAGUUGUUCUGUGGAUGGAAAUGUCAGGUAAUGUUUUCGCUGUCGAUUCGUAUCUGUCGCGGAUUAUCUCUGUGAACGUUCUUUUAAACCUAUUUACUUUAGUAAAAGGACUUCCUCGUGAAGCGAGGACGUUUUAGAGGACAAAAUUUAGAUUAGCGCGAAAGGUUUCAGCUUUUGAAACGAUUUUCUUCUUUCAGCUCUAAUUUUAUUUUUAAGAUCCAGCGUAGAAUAACAGAGGCAGUGAAUCAUCUGAAUUUAGGGUUUCGUGCUUAUCGCUUAAAUUCACGAGAACGCCUUACAACUUUACCAUUUAGUGGUUUUUCUGAACACAACCUGUCUGAGUAAAUCCUGACUUGAUAGCAGGGUGUUUAUUGUAGCCAUAGAACGGCGGGUGGAGUUCAGUGGUCUUUGAUUGGCAAGCUGUGAUUGUCACGCGCCUCUCGAUGAUGAAUAUACACUGUUUUUAAUUAUAAGUCUGCGGCAUAACAAAGAAAGGAUGCUAAAAUCUUAUUAAAUAUAAUUUGGCAUAUCAUUGUGCUUUUCAGGUUUGUAGUAAUGCUGUUAUUUAGCUUUGGUUUGUAGCAAGGGGUGCCUACAUAUUAUUUUGCUUCGUUUAAGAUUAACGUUUAAAAUCGAUAUUCUUUGAUUUGAAUGGUAUGAAUUUUAUUGGUAUUUCUUUAAAGCAAAAACUCUGGGUUGCACUUAUAUCAGAAUUUCAGCAAUUGGCCGCAAAGUUCCCACAAACGCAGUUCAGUUUGUGGAGGGAAAGCUUUCAUGCUUGCACAGAAAAGAAAGAAAACAUUUAAGUGGUUUUCCCGGCACUUACAACCUAUUUUGAUACGCGCGGCUUUCGUGAGCCCAUCAAGCAAAUGAAAAAAGUUCAUAAAAAUCUUCAAAUAAAUCAACGUAAUCUGUCGCUAAAACCUUCCCUUUGAACACAGAUACAGUAUACUGGUGUGUGGAGAGAGCGGAGUCUUUCAGCUUUUCAACCCUGACUCAGGCAUCUGAUAUACCUUGUUUGAGAUUUUACGAUUUAACAUAACAUUAUUAAAACUUCUUUUCUUUUUAAAGCUGAUGAAGUAGAAAAUAAAGCGGACAACAUGGCCAAAGCUAUUGAACAACAAAACAAAAAAGUUGAAGAGGAAAGCGAAGCCAUGGAGAAAGCGAUUGAUAACAAAGGAAAACUUGUUGAUGCCAAGGAGGAGGAAGAUAAAUUUGAAAAAGCCAGUGAAAAGAUGGCUGCUGUGGGAGAUGCCGCCGAGAAGAAACUAGAUCAGAAAGGUAUAAAAUGCAGGAAAGUGUAAUCAAUGAACUUACUUGUUUGUGUAGAGAAAGUACUGUACAGCUUGUACAACAGUCAGCUUUUUAGGUGGUGUGCGCCAGACCAGGUAUUAGUUUUCCUUCUCUUUUAAAUGAUUGAACAAAUUGGCCAUCGAACCUGUUGUUAUCGUAGAAGAAAACUGUUUAUUAUGAUAUAUUUAAAAAGUCUCCAUCUUUUUCCUUCCUUAAUUUUGACUCUUCGUUACUACAGCUAAUUUAGUUGAAAAAAUUGCCGAUGACACAAACACAGCAAUUGAAAACCAAAGGAGGAAGGUAGAAGAGCUAGCUUCUGGAGCAGACCUCGCUGAAGAUCGUGCAAGCAAACUGGUGGAGAAAAUUGGUUAGUUGUUUGUUAAUGUGUGAGAAGCGAGAUGUGACCUUUAUGAAAUAAUAUCCUUAAAGGCCGCGUGGUUUGGCUAUUCUACCAUUUUACUCAGUCUUCUGUCUUCCUCUAUUUUACUUGGACACGACCGUCCUUGACUUCUCAGUAAACGGAAAACGAUUUGCAACAUGACAUUUAACUCACGUGAACAUAGACGAAACAACGAUUACAAUGACAGGCAUUUUACUGAAAACAACAAUCAAUCACACCAAAGCAUUUGUGACACUUGUAAUUAUUGAAACAAAUCUCCUAUUUCGAACAAAAAGAAUUAUCGGCUCAUAUUUUAAUUUUAUGAUCCGUCAAAUGCCUCAUUUGAGGCAUUUAGUCUAGGCAUGAUUAUAUCUGCAUUGCUAUUUCGGCCAGCUUACCUACUGCAUUUUGAAAUGUAUUUCUUCUUUGAAAUAUGUUUUUUGCGUGAAAUUUCGAAUAUACCAAUGAAACUGGCUUCGUAUAGUAAUACCUUCACCAGGUAGGAUUUAUGGUAAUGAGCUUUGAACUACAUUUACUCACGAGUUUCAAAAUAAUCUUCAACAAUUGUGUGAUCUACAAACCCUAAACCCCAUCAACAGCUUUUUUCGGGCUUUCAACCGUGCUACUUACAUAUCUGUCGCUCUCACCAUUUUCAUUACCGGCCGUCGGUUGUUUCCUUCAUUUUCGUUCAUUUAGAGGUUUGUUGGCAGUUUCCUUUUUGCAGACAGCUGCAUUUAAAUAGCAUUUGACGGAAAAAUUAAAUUACAACGAGUGGAAUAUAUUGCCAGAUAGUCGGGGAGUUUUUUUGUAAUAUCCUGGAGUCUAGCUGGUCUUUCCUAAGCUUUAUCUUUGGCACAGAUACCGACUAGUUUUGAAGGAGUUCGGCACACUCUUGUCAAUAAGCCCUUGAUAUUAAUUGGUCAAUUCCUUUUUCAUUUUUUUUUUUGAAAAAAUAAUCAAAUUUGAAUCAAGGCACAUGCACGUGGCUAAUCCGUUUGAUUUUAAAGUGCACUUCAAAUUCAUCGCUCACUUUUGAUCCAUGAAUGUGCUUCUCAGAAUAUAUUUUCGCUGCUCCGUUUUUGAGGAGAAUAAAAUGUUGCACUUCGUUUUCCGUCGAUGAAAAGAAAAUCGUGUUAAGCAUGUCAGUUGCAUUAUUAAGUUUAUUUUCGUGUGGACUCACAAAGGCAACGACAUCGAAAAGAAGAUAAAGAGUCCUGAGGCGUCGGUGAAAGCUCAAUCUCGGAUGAGUAUCUCAUAUACCGUUCCGGUGUCUCCUGUGCCGUCUGCUGACCAGAUGUCAGGGAGAAACGAAUAUGAUGAACAGAUUAGAUCAAAUAAGGAUGCAGAAAGGACCUACCCGUGGCCAGCUCGUCAAGAAUUACAAGGAUACAUCCCGGACUUCCAUAAUGACGUGGAUCAGGAAACUACAAGUGACAUGAGUCUGAAGCCGUUCAAAGAAAACAACGCGUUAGUCGACCAUGAUGCUUUGUCGAACGAGGGUUUCACGGAAACUCCCGGCUUACGUCGGCACAUUUCAAAGACGUUUAACGUUCUUCGAAGCCGGCAGCCCCCUGCAGAAAACGCUCUCCUACCUCGUCACAAGCGACUUGGCAGGCAUCGCCAUCAUUUCAAGGAAAAUGGCCUGCAAAUAGAAAAGAUGGGAUUGAUUCAACCUACUUCUAAGAGUAGUGAAACGGGUCUGCUUGUGUUACCGAGCGGUGGACCCAGUAAACUGUCUGAAGACAUUAGGAUACAAUUAGAGGACGACCAGUUAUUAAGGAAAGCGGCCAAACAAGCCUUUAACAAUGAUGAAGGUAAUAUUUAUGUAUCGUAACUUAAUUCAACUAUUCUUGAAAAAAAUCGAUGGUUAAAGGCAGGUGCAGCUAAAAUCAACCGAUAAAAAUAAAAGAAAGCAUGUGAAUAUUACGUUCAUCUCCACCUGUUUCUCAAUAUUUACAUGGACUUUGUCAAAGAAAGAAUUUCAUUUUUAUAGGCAAACGGAAGUGCUCUCAAGUGUUCUUGGGUUUUCAUUUUUUUUCUCAGAAGUUUUCUCAGCCCAAAAAGCGUAGGAACAUAAAAUGAAUGCCCGACAAUAAGUUCGAAUGACACCCACUCUGGUAAUUUCUGGAAAUAAGGCGUUUACUUUACUCUUAGACUUGGAUGUAACACAAGAACUAAGGAAGACCGCGGCGGAGAACAAUAUGGAGAGACAGUGGAUGAGAAUAAACUCUAUAGGUAGUCCUGAAAUGUUACUCAACUGGCCGCGCACAAGCAAGAAACUGGGCUCCAUUGGUCAGCAGCAGGUCAGCCUUGUGAGUCCGGGUGAAGUUGAUCUACUACAAACAGAAUACCCAGAAUACCCCAGGCCAAAAGCUACGGGAUCUGAACUCCCCGGAAUUGUAAGGAGCAGGAUAAGUGGGAAAAAAAACCGGAAUACGGUGUCAAGAGCAUAUAGGGUUUGAAAUUCUUGGAAAAAAUUCGAUAUGGUACUAAGGACUGUAACCAGAAAGGAGCUGAGCCGGCAUUAUGCAGGGUCAGGAGUUUUUCACGGAGGCAUUCAGUUAGAAUGUCUUUUGUGGACACCUUGGUAGCCAGUUAUCGUAUAAGACAAGUGUUACCUCUCCAGUUAGGGAGUGCAUACCUCUAUCUACUUUACAGCUGGUGCCCGAGUAACGUACUGAUUGAAACGCUGUAGGAGUUGUUAAAAUUGUCUCUUUUGAUAUUCAUUAAAACUGUAAGCUUUGAAGCGACAAAGUAAAUUAAUGUUAUCGACACAGUGGAAUCCUCAAGCAACAUUAAAACAUUCUGUCAUUGCGGGUGUAAAGUCGCCUUUACCAACAUUUUUCCUUAACUAGACGACCUGAAGACCGUUCAGUUACGAUAUAACACUACAACGGUCAUAAAACAUGGAACGUUAACCCUGUUCAUAUCGCACCCUCAGGUACCCAAUCUUCUAAAACUGAAUCAAUGUGAAUUUAUUUAACUAUCAACUACAACGGACUAUUACAACGAAAUGACUCAACAAGUUAUGUCAUUACAGUUAAACUCCUACAAUCACAACUGUUCGUGUUAAUCUUCGGACCUUGAUCUGUCUUUCUCUUUAAACAUCAAACAAUUACCUUACACUGUGGACGGCUCUUUUAGUACUGAGGCCUCAGCUAGGUCGAGCGAUAUUUUUUUUUUCAAACGCAAAAAAAUUGUAACAGUGAAGAAAGGGAAUUUUACUCAUGUUGGCGGCUAAUUAAUAUUUUUUGCUAUACUGGAAGCUCUUAAACAAUCAACAGUAAACAAAUUGGCCCCUAAGCUCUUAUGACAAUAUUUUUUAUAAUAAUUAAGCACAGUCGUUAGCAACAUUUAUCUUAAAUCAAUUUUUAAGAUUACUUUGGUAAGUUCUCUCACACUUAACCAUAAACGUCACUCAGACUCUUUAUCUGUAUCAUAUAAAGUGAUUUCUGUUAACUGUGUCACCUUAAACCUUCUAAUAUCAUUUUUUUCGUGCAUGGAAAUUUCAACUGCCUUCUGAACAGGGCCCACAAGGCAAGUGACAGAGUCUUUGAAAAGAACAAGUGAAAAGAUCGAGCCGAGUAAAGUUGUCGUAUUUCCUGAUUCAGCAGUCCGGGGAACUGACACCAGAAACAUGCAGAUAAAAGAAUUCCAUCCUAAAAAUGGCAAAGGUAAAUGGUUGGCUGUUCACAUUCCGGACCAUAUCAGCUAUCCACGGAAAAAUGUGAAAAUUAUUGCCUCCAAAAAAGUCGCCAAGGAAUUACAGCAUGUUGUAGGACCGAACAAGGAUACCCUGGCCAAAGAGAUCCAGUCUAUUUUAGGCGUUGAUGAAGAAACUUUACAGAGAAUGAUCGCUGAAGGACAAGAGGAUGACGAGGACAAGGUUGAUGAUGAUGACGACGAUAAUGAUGACGAUAUUGAAGGUGACGAUGACGAUGAUGAUGAUGACGACAUGAAUGACGAGGACAAUCCAGUAAAAGAAGAUUAUAAUGAUGACAAAACAUCUGAAAUGUGUGAUUCGAAAGCCUACCGCAGCACAAAAAUUUGUCAAAUGUUCAAAAAAAUUAAGAAAAAGGUCAAAGAUGGUUCUGGAGAGGACAAUGAUAGCCCGAAAAUUCACGUUGAACAGCCAGAAGGCUUUGAACUUAGAUGGGAAGAUAUUCUUAACAACUUUAAACAUUUUAGUUCAAAAAGAAAAGAACAAGUUUGCAAACUGUUUGGACUACAUAACAGACGAUGUCACCGAGUGAAAAAGCGAAAGCGUGAUUUUAAACGAAAGCUAAAGAAAUAUCUUCUUCGAAUGUUAAGAAAAUUCUUAAAAAAUAAUAGAAGUGAUUUCGAAGAAUAUUUGAGUAAAAAGCUAAAGGAUGCGCUUUCUGGAAGGCUUCAGCCAUCAGAGGAUGGUCUUUUGCACAUCUAUUCAAAGAAUUCGGGGAAAAUGAACAUGGAAGAUUUCUUAAAAGAUCUGAAUGAUGGUACACCAACUCGCCCACGUGUGAAUUAUCAAUCCUCGUCCCUAUCUUCUCUCGGCCAAGAUUCUCUCACUAUGGACGACAAUACAGUUAACGGUAAUGUAUUUCGAGUAACGCCACAAAUGAAUAAACUAGCCGGAGACGAGGGUCAGGACGCUCCUUCUGAUGCUGUGUCGGCGCUAAAUAAUAUAAUACAUCCUUUGCUCAAUGAUCAAGACAACAAAAUAGAUGAGAAACUUCAAACGAAGAUAUUACAAGAGGAGCUGGGUAAGCAAUCCAUUGCCAUCCAGAGAAAAUUAAAAAUUGAAAUUGUAGGGAGGUGUGAAUAACAUUUAAGUGGAAUCGAGGAUAGUUUUUGGAAUCAGUAAAUGUCAAAAGCUUUUUGAGAUUUUCUUCAAGCUUGUAUAAUUUAUCAGCGUGAGGUUUUCAUCUUCUAAGAGGUGAAAGUAAGUUUUUACAAACGGUUCAUUACCUCCAAUACUUUUCUCUCUUGAGUAACGCCCUUCACCCCAGUCUGUUCAGUCAUAGUCUUCGCUUGUGGAAGUGAAUUCGUAACCUAUAAAAAUCUUGCCAUGAUUUGCUUGAAAAUUAAAAUUAUUCAAAUCUUAUCUGUGGACCUGAGAUGAUAUGAAUGCCAACCUUAAAAAGAUCAACAGUUAUUUUUUUGGUGUAUUAUCAACCAAGCGUUAAGUUGUGUCAAAGUGCUGCAAAAGUUAGCUGCGAAUCCAACGGAUGAUUCAACGGAUAUUUCAGGUCAUGAGGUUUUGCUGAAUUGUUUCUUUUAUCAGGUAACGUCAAUGCAGAACAAGAAGAACAAGAACGACAGAAAAUCAAAGAUGCCUCAAUGAACGAUCACUUGAUGUACAUGUAUCAGUUACAGAAUCUGGCCAAUCACAGGGCUGGGGUGACGGCACCGAACGGAGUGAUCGGGGGCCAGCCAAUCAGCGUGGUGAGUCCGCACCAGGUUUCUUUGAUGCAGUUGAACCUUCCCGACAAGAACCCGGAUAUACCUUUGCUAGGUUCCGAUUCAUCGAAACCUUCUCAGCCGGAAACAAAAACGAAGAAAAAGGCAUUUCCUCUGAGAAAACCAGUUUUCGAUUUUAGUAAACAAGUUUUUCCUUUUAGUAAACGGGUUUUUCCACUUAGGAGUUCACCUCUCAGACCAAGGUUGGUUGGAACGUUCAGAAUAAAGUCUCCAGGCCCCUGGAGACCUGCAACGAGAAGCUUUUGGAAACGAGACUUUAUAAAAAAAAUAUCAAACAAUCACUCACCUCAGAUGGAGAGAAAGAGGUCAAAGAAAAUAUCUUAAAGAUUGCUAGUUUGACAGUUGUGUAUCUCAGUUACAAUGUAAAUUUUUGUAUGUUUUAAUCCCUAAUCCUUGUGAGACUGAACAUCAAGGUUCAUUAUCGAAGAUAAUAUGGCGUUAAUGUACUUUACUUAUUUAGGGAAACGCACCCAACCGUUUUAUAGUUACGCACUUAGAUGUUGAGGGAGGGUCUCAAACAGUCCUUGAUGACAAACUGAUGUUACUUGCUUAGGUAGAUUAAACCUUUGAGUGCAGCCAAGCCAAGCAUUUUAGGAAAUGACAAAGGACUGUUGUUGAGCUCAGGAAUUUUUCCUGAAGAUAAACAUGAUCGAAUAAAAAGAUUAAUGAAUGAUCAGCAUCGAAAAGAGUCAGUAGAUGGCAACCUACUCAGCACGUGUAAAACACAGUUGUUAAUUUUGUUUCCUAUUUUGUUAAGAUAAAUAAAUAUUACAAUUUUUCACUAAUCUUUGGGACUGUGUAUGUGCAGAGACUACAAAGCAGGUAUAUCAAAAAUGACAGACAUCUAUACGGUCUUUCAAGUAUUACAUACAAGUAUUACACUAAUACUUCAUCGGAUAGGGGAAAAAGUCUCGCUUACAAAAUAUGACUAGUUAACAAAGGUAACAAAAUCUACGAAGACGAGAAAACUGAGCUAAGCAAUAACAAAAGCCACGAACAAAGUCAAUAACGUCUGAACUUGUUUGCAAUUAAGAAUUAUCGUGUUCGUUUUUCUAGGAUUACACUUAGUCUCUUCAAAAACACGUUUUUUAUUCUUUAAUAAACAAAACGAGUUAGACAGUUUCUUGAACUACAUGGACGGCAUACGUUUUGGUGGAAGAUGUGUUGAUGUUGCCAAAAAACAAAGUUAAUAAUCCCCAGGCCAAGUAACCAAUGUUUUUGGGGCACUACAAAUUAUCAAAAGAUAUCAUAAGUGGCAAUUACAAAUUCAAAUUUUUUAAAUAAAGUGACCUGUUUUUCUUUUUUAAUAAAUACUGUGUAAUUCUCUUUGAUGUUUAGAUCAUUUUUCUUUCCUUGAAAGAAGAGAAUUUAGGCACAUAAAAAAAUUAUGUACGACGGACACACCUGUUACAAAAUACAUAGUAAUACCUACUGCUAAAUUCUCGUCUAUAACGCUUUGGUUUUUUCCAAAUUUUUCUGUAAACCGAAAAUAAGAAUUUGAGGAGGCUUGUUGUAAUUGUACUACUUAAAUCAUGUUAAUUUCCUUUAUGCUCCUUGUUACUUCUGGACCUUUUUAUAGUCUAUUGUUAUCCUAAAUGAAGUUAUAAUUUUGACCAAAAACGUUUUGAGAAGGCGGGGACAAGCUUGUGAAAUGUCAGAGAACAACAGGUCAAACCAUAAGACACACCUCCCAAACCUGAAAAAUUACCUUAUCGGCUUGUUCAUUUCACAUUACAGCGAGAGGUGACAAUUUCACUGCACUUACAAUCCUUCCCAUGUAAAAUGGCACGAUUUUUCAAAAACUCUUUGUUUGAUAUUUCUGUACUGGAGGUAAGUGUUACACUGUCAUCGCCAUGUUCUUUCCCCUUAAAGCAAGGUGAGCGCCCUUGAUCUCUUUUGCCUUUCCAUUUGUCCUGAGUCCAGAGACUCAGAGAGCUCAAACCAUCGUUAGCACUGAUAUCCUAAGGUUCGAACAAAGGCACAUUUCAUUGAUCUACAGACAGUUUAAGGGGAUCAUUUUUUGCUGCUGUUUUUCAUAUUGUCUGUCAUGUUACGUGAUGUUAGUUCAUCGAUUUUUUUUUUCACUAUAUUUUAUAAACAUUAAAAUCUAGGAACUUCUGGAAGAGCGCCAAGAAAACUAGAAACACGAACACAAUUCAGCUUUGCUUAUCAAUUUACUUUGGCUGAAAAUGUUGAAUUUUAAAAAUAUCACUCAAUUGUAUUUUUUCAGUGAGUCAAGGGAACUCAUUCAUGAUAACAUGGCGCCCUCAAUUUUACUGGUAUCUCUUGCAUGUUGCCUCUGUAUGGGUGAGUAAAGCUUUGCAUUUUUGUUCUUCCCUUUGUAAUUAAUGCUUUAUUACCCAGCACAUCAUACCAUCACAGCAAUAUGUAGUGAAAGACGAUGAUGACAUAAUUAACACUAAUUCUGAGAUGACAGUACGUAUCAAAACUAACACCUAGCGUGUAUGUUAACUCAGUAUUAAUUUCUCUCUAUCUUUAAAAAAUUCGCUCAGAUGUUUAUAGCUCUGUGCUUUUGAAUGGACAUUACCAUUCUACUUAAUUUAGUACUUUCGCGACCUGUUCGACGUUUUGAAUCGUCCACAGAUUUGUCCCUGAAUGUAAUGUUAUGUGAUCUUUUUGAGGGACAAGGACAAGUUUGACGCUCUUGUCAAUCCUUUUUCUUUUUACUUUCAGCAGUGACGGGUCAAGACAACGAGCGCAAGAAUAUAAAAAUGCUUUUUGUUCCGGCGGAAGUUAUGAAAGAGCUGCAUAAGAACCUCGCAACAAAAGACUUGACCCAGGGCUUACCGGGCCAAGGUACUCUGCAAUGGACCCCAGUCCGUCUUCCUGGCGACAGGAGUCAUACAUUCGAAAUUCGAAUCAAUCCCCACACGGCGCACAAGUUGAACAUGAACUUUCAGCAUUUUAAAAUUGGUCGGGGCCACGGUCUUCUCCUUGAGCUAAAAAAUGUAACUCUUUCGACGAAAGGAAGGACCGUCUUGGACAGUUUAGUAGAGUUUUAUAAAAACUGCGGAGGGGAAAGAAAUCAUCGGUUGGGGAUGCGCGUGAUACAUCACUCAUUACCCAUGAUGCACCGUCACAACCCACAUUCGCUCUUACUACCAGGUGACAUUCCGUUAUUGAAGCGGAUUCAAAACGCACUCGAGCGUUUUUUCCCGAGGCGCCACGACGGGUCGGUAGACGUUUUCCAGCACAAGGAUUCAAGUGGAGCCGUUCAUUUUCUUCCGUUUGAGGAGGUUCGAAGACAGGUUAACAAUCUUAUAAAGAGGACACUGGUUAAGAGAGAUUGUGUUAAGAUCAGCACAAACGCUUUGACUCGUGCUCUCAGUCAGUUCAGAAAGAAAUAUGAUAACAAUACAACAACCACACCAAGUUUAGAUGAAGAGGAUGAUGAUGAAACUGACAGUGUAGACAAACCUGCAAGGAAUGAGAGUCAAGGUGAAGAGACAGAACAACUCCUUUCUUUUUCGCGUAAUCUUAAUCCGCGUCCGGUCAACAAAGUCAAUCUUACUUCAUCUUCCGCUACUAACGUACCAAGCAAUGCAGCAGCGACGAAAAUAGUCACUGCUUUGGCAGAUUUAAGAAAAGAACUCAAAGACUUGUCAAGUGGCCUUAUAAAAAAUAUGAGUAAGUCCAUUUCAAACAACUCUAAGGAAACUGACGGCACGAGCACCUCAAAUAUCGGAAUAAAUACAGAUGACAAAACAAUUGGUUCUAAUGGGAAUAUGGGUAAAAAUAUUAGCAGUGAUAACAACGAAACUCCAGACGAGAAAAGCAAUUCCAACUUUGAAAAAUCUGAUAAAAGUGAAGUAAAGAACGAACGUAAAAAGAUGAGUAGCGACGACGGAGGAGAUCAAAACAAAACAAUAAACAGAAUCAAUAACAAAAACGAUGACAACAACUAUGGCACUAACGACAUGACCAACAACAGCAAAAGCAUCAUAAACAGCAGCAACAUAGAUGAGAGAGUAAUUGCAGUGGCCCUGAAGCUGAAAAAUAUCGAAGAUGAUUUGAAAGCCGAUAUGCAAAAGACUAUGCUUAAUCCCUCUAAGACUGUUUCGAAAAUUUCAGGUGACUCUACGUCUGCUAUUAAGGAGAUCAAUGCGAGACCUGUCAAUCAAACUGCCAAUCAGUUACAGCGACUCAAGACUGCAACGGAAUAUAGCAUUACUACGAACGUAUCUGCUCAUUUUAAAGUUUCUGAUGAACAAAAAAAUGAGAAGAAACAAACUAGGAUUCGAAAGGAUAACGCAAAAUAUAUAGGAAAACAUAAAAAUCGUCGCGGGAAUAAGAAACAAGUUUCACUUUCGUUUCACUAUAAACCAAAAUCAUUGAGGUUAAAGCUGCGUAAUAAAGGUAGAGAUUAUCCUAAGACUGAAGACAAUGAACAGGAAGAGAAUAUGUACAAGCACAAGGGUAAGGGACGAUUUGUGCAUUUCAUUCACUCACGAAGACCAAAGAUCAAAGAAUUUAUGGUUCCAGAUGAGCGCGAAUCUGAUGAAUACAGGCAAAGAAAUUUUAACGACUCUCCUGUAGUAGCAGUAAACAAUGAUGAAGACAACAUGAAAGUUGGACUAUUAAGGAAGCUACGUUGGCUUCGAAUCCACGGACAUGCGCCUAAAGUGCGCAGCCGGAAGAGUCCGAAACUUCGUGUGGUUGUAUACGACGAUGAAGACGAAGAAAAAGAGCCACAUCAGGAACGUUGGCAUAAUAAUGAGAUCAAUGAGUACGAAGAAAAACCCCACGAAGACGAUACCGAAACAGAGUCAGAAGCCGGGUCAGAGUUUGAAUCAGAACACGUGUCUGACUCGUCUCAUCGCUCAGCGUCGUUGCUAAAGGAUGAAGAAAAUACCAAGCCAUACAAUCAAGGAGAGGCAAGUCAUUCGAGAUCUGACAGUGGGUCUGACAUGCAGUAUUUAUCAGAUAGCAUAGGAGAUGACUCCACCCAUUUAGGACGGAGCGACAGCGGUGUGGACGUACCUGAUUUAGAACCUUACUUGAAAAAACAUUAUGGUAAGUAG